UAGGAGGACAAUGUGGAGACCCCCUUUGGCACUGUAUGCUGCACCAUGGCAGGUAUCCCCAGGGAUAACCGACCGGUCAUCCUCACCUACCAUGACAUCGGAAUGAACCACAAAACUUGCUUCGACGUUCUUUUCUAUGAUGAGGACAUGCAGGAAAUCAUGCGACACUUUGCCGUGUGUCAGGUCAACGCUCCUGGGCAACAUGAGGGUGCCAGCACCUUCCCUGCAGGAUUCACAUAUCCCUCAAUGGACAAGCUCUCCGAGACCCUCCCAAUUGUGCUCAAGCAUUUUAAAAUUAAGAGUGUUAUUGGAAUGGGUGUUGGAGCAGGAGCAAACAUCCUCACACGGUUCGCUUUGAAGUACCCAGACUUGGUUGAGGGCCUUGUCCUGAUGAACAUUAAUGCUCAGGCAGAGGGCUGGGCAGACCGGGCAGCAUCCAAGAUUUCCAGCUGGGCCCUUGGUCCCCCCAGUGUUGUCAUCUCCCACCUGUUCGGUCAGGAGGAGAUUAAGAAGAAGGCAGAAUUUGUAAAGACCUUCCGUCACAACAUCAGCAAAAGGAUUAACCAGACCAACCUUCUGCAUUUUAUGAAGUCCUACAACAGCCGAAGUAAACUGAACAUUAAGAGAACUUCUCUGGGUAGAAAGACUCUAAAGUGUCACACUCUUCUGGUGGUAGGAGAUGACUCUCCUGUGGUGGAUGCUGUGGUUGACUGCAAUUCCAAAAUGAAUCCCUCAAAGACAACCCUCCUCAAAAUGGCUGACUGUGGAGGUCUACCACAGCUUGAUCAGCCUGGCAAGCUGGCAGAAGCCUUGAAAUACUUCAUUCAAGGACUGGGCUACAUGUCUUCUGCAGGCAUGACACACCUGUCUCAUUGGCACCCCGCCUUCUCCACCAGAAUGGCAUUCUUCCACCCCUGGGCCAUCACUUCCAUGGAGAGCACCUCCAAGCAACGCUGAAGAUGAGGCUCUCCUACCCGCUGCUCCAUCCCAGUGUUGUCAUGCUCAGUUCGGCUCCAUUUCAAAUAAAAAAUACUCUAAAUUGAGGGACCAUUGAUGUGUUGGUGUUAGUGUUUGUGUGUCAUUGUCCCAGUGGACUAAUUUAGACUUGCACAAAAGGAAAAAAAAAAACCUAAACGAUAAAAAGCUGUUUAAAAUGUUUAUACUUAUCAGGCUCAGUGUUGUACCUUUAUUUAGUAGCCAUAAAAAAGUUGAUGUAUAGUACAUCAAUCAAUGUAUAACACUUUUAGUACUUAGUAUAUGAAUCAAUGUAUAAUAUUUGGACUGCUUUAACACCAGUACAAAAGUUUAAUAUAAUAAAGAAAUAAUGCACUGUGAUUA